AUGCUUAAUGUCCUUAAUGAGUUCAUCCAUGCUUCAGAGCAUCAGCAGUGUUCCUCCUUCACUGUGAUGCUUGUCCUCACCUCCCAGGAGAAGGUGUGCUCUGGCUUCCAGACCUUCCAGGCCAUCAUUGGAUAUGUGCUAGGCAGUCCCUGUUCCAGAGAGGUGGAUCGCAUGGUCUCCCUGCCCAUCGGAGGCCUCAGCUACGUUCAGGGGUGCACCAAAAGGCAUCUUAACAGCAAGACUGUGGGCCAGUGCCUGGAAACCACAGCACAGAGCGUCCCAGAACGAGAGGCCUUGGUCGUCCUCCAUGAAGACGUCAGGUUGACGUUUGCCCAACUCAAGGAGGAGGUGGACAAGGCUGCUUCUGGCCUCCUGAGCAUUGGCCUCUGCAAAGGUGACCGGCUGGGCAUGUGGGGACCUAAGUCCUAUGCAUGGGUGCUCAUGCAGUUGGCCACCGCCCAGGCGGGCAUCAUUCUGGUGUCUGUGAACCCAGCCUACCAGGCUAUGGAACUGGAGUAUGUCCUCAAGAAGGUGGGCUGCAAGGCCCUUGUGUUCCCCAAGCAAUUCAAGACCCAGCAAUACUACAACAUCCUGAAACAGAUCUGUCCAGACGUGGAGAAUGCCCAGCCAGGCCCGUCUCUCACCAUCGUCCCCACCCCCAGGCUCCCAGAUCUGACCACAGUCUUCUCGGUGGAUGCCCCUUUGCUGGGGACCCUGCUCCUGGAUGAAGUGGUAGCAGCUGGCAGAACACAGCAGCCUCUGGACCAGCUCCAGUACAACCAGCAGUUCCUGUCCUGCCAUGACCCCAUCAACACCCAGUUCACCUCGGGGACAACAGGCAGCCCCAAGGGGGCCACCCUCUCCCACUACAACAUUGUCAAGAACUCCAGCAUGUUAGGAGAGCGCCUGAAACUGCAUGAGAAGACACCAGAGCAGUUGCGGAUGAUCCUGCCCAGCCCCCUGUACCAUUGCCUGGGUUCCCUGGGAGGCACAAUGAUGUGUCUGAUGUACGGUGCCACCCUCAUCCUGGCCUCUCCCAUCUUCAAUGGCAAGAAGGCACUGGAGGCCAUCAGCAGAGAGAGAGGCUCCUUCCUGUAUGGUACCCCCACGAUGUUCAUGGACAUUCUGAACCAGCCAGACUUCUCCAGUUACGACACCUCGACCAUGUGUGGCGGUGUCAUUGCUGGGUCCCCUGCACCUCCAGAGUUGAUCCGAGCCAUCAUCAACAAGAUAAAUAUGAAGGACCUGGUGGUUGCUUAUGGAACCACAGAGAACAGUCCCGUGACAUUCGCGAACUUCCCUGAGGACACUGUGGAGCAGAAGGCAGAAAGUGUGGGCAGAGUUAUGCCUCACACGGAGGGCAGCCAGGGUAGCCUCAAAGAGGAGCCAGAGCACAGAGAGUUUUCCUACACAGCUUCUUUUCCACCAGUGGUCCUCGCCUCUCGCUUUAGCAGAGUUCCUCUUCUUGCUUGGC